AUGGGCAUAAGGCUGAUUUCUCUUCUCUUAUUACUGGUUUUAACAGUCCGAGGCCAUAGCGAAGACGAUGAUCAAUAUCGAACAAAGAUUAAAGGAUCGAUCAAAGGCGUACUGAAAACAGUUCGAAACAUCGUAAAAUCUGCUGAAAAAUUUGCAGUUAAAAUGCUCGAUAAACUCGCUCUGAAAACUUCGUUGAAAGCUGGUGAAAAGUUAACAAUGAAAACAUCAGAGAAAUUGGCUGUUAAGUUCGUGGAAAAAGUCGCCUCGAAAGGAGCAGUGAAAUUUGUUGGCAAAACAGCUGGGAAAUUAGUAAAGAAAUUGCCCUACAUUGGUGUAGCGGCUGGCGUGGCUUUUGGGAUAUGGCGAAUAAUCGACGAUUCGGAAGAUUGGCAAUCGUAUGUUCUGGCUGCUGGUGAGUUGAGUUCAGGUGUGGUUUCGAUAGUACCAGGAAUUGGAACAAUGGCCUCAACGGCCAUCGAUGCGGCUCUACUGGCUUUUGAUUUGAAGUAUGCGAAACAUGAACAACACAUACAUGAAGAAGAACAAAGACAAACAGAAGUGGAUCAUGGUAGUGAACUAUAA